AUGUCGGAUGCAAAAAAUUUUAUUUGUAGUCUCAAGUCAUCGAUAGAAAAUAGAACAGCAAGAAGUCGCCUUAUCGUAGUGGGGAAACCAAGCAAGAAGAUUUCGUUGACACUAGGACCUUCUGUAAUAGAGGACAGGGCCUUCCGUAUAACAGCAUCAUGGCAAGGUGGCUACCCCAUACCCUGGGCAAAUAUGUCAUGGACCGCCUUAGAUGCCAAUAAUAAAAGUUAUAAUUUGGCAGAUUACGGUGAAUACAGAGAUUAUGAACUACACGUGGAUCACAAAUUUUGUCAAACUACACUUAAGCAUUCCAUAGUGGUCUUUCCGAGAAUACACUUGAAUGACACAACCGUUAUAGUGAAACCUAAUAUCGAAACUAAGAAAUAUUUUGUUGACAAAUCAAUGGAAAAAUAUCUCACACAAGUCCAGCCUGGUCAAGAUAAAAUUUUAGUUAUACCAUUGAAUUAUUGUAAGAAUGAGGGAAAAGAAAUGAGUAUUCCUCAUCCCUAUACACCAUGUCGAAAGUUUGUGAGAUGUCUACCCGGUGACAUGGUGAUACAACUGUGCCCUCGUGGCACGUGCUUUUACGAGGGAAAACAGGAAUGUGGUUAAUAGAAGCAUAACUAUUUGUGUGUUUCAAAUAGCGUCAUACAUUUUGAUGAUGUCAUCCAGAGUACAAAACAAAUAGUACCCGAGUGUCCGUUAAUUGGACAGUAGUCUAGCAGAGUACAAGAGCAGUUGUUUGUAUAGGAGUGAUCAUAAAAAUAAAUAAGCCGCCUCACGACAAAACCAACAUAAUGGGUUUGCGACCAGCAUGGAUCCAGAUCAGCCUGCGCAUCCGCGCAGUCUGAUCAGGAUCCAUGUUGUUCGCUAUCAGUUUCUCUACUUGUAAUAGAAUUGGUAAUUAUAAGCGAACAGCAUGGAUCCUGAUCAGACUGCGCGGAUACGCAGGCUGGUCUGGAUCCAUGCUGUUCGCAAACGCACUAUGUUAAUUGGUUUUGUCGUGACGCGGCUCAAAUCUUGAUAUAAGUCAGUUUACAUGUUAAAUGAUGUCAUACAUAUGCAGACGUACUAGUAUUAUCUACUUAAGAUUCGAACAACAUUCUAGUAGGCGUCAUGGCCUAUCCAGUUCUGAUGUCAUACAAGGAACAUGACUAAUUUGCUGUAUGAUUGUUGUUCAAUCGUUGAUCAGAUGAUCGUGUUGUACUUAUAGUGAGGAGUGACAUUAAUUUUGUUUCUUCUAAAAAAGGCAACGGUUAUUGACAAGCAGAGUUCUUUAUGGAUCCAGCAUUAAGACGUUAUACACCUUUAAUAAAUGAUGCUUGUUUAUUGUGACUAUGAAUGUAACAUUUCUUUUUGCAUUGAAUAAAAUCAUGAAGUGGU